UACAUUACUAGUUAAUGACUUUAAGUAGUAAACCAAAACUCUUUCUCUCAACUAUCUUCCGUCUAUUUCUGGGGUGCUUCCUCUCAUCUUCUACUGUUUAUUUUUUCCUUAGUUAUGCUUCAACUGUAUAAUAAUUUUCCAAGAAUAUUCAUUUGACCAGAUAAUUAUCAUCUUUUUUCUGUUUCUCUCCCUCUCCAAGUACAAGGGAUAUCCACCACCAUAUUAGCCACCCUAUAUAACACAACACAUUAACCCUUUUAUUUCCUAUCCUUUUCCUUCUUUUGUUGCCCUUUUACUAUUUAUUCCUUCUCUUAUCAUACACAGAAUCUACUAGAACAGAAAAAAAGACCUUUCUUCUUACUUCUUAUGGUAUUUUUCAUAAAAGACAAUUAUGCUUGAGUUAAUAAGAUCGAUUUUCUUAUUCCCUACCACAUCUGUUAUUGUGUUAUCUUAAGGCACGAAGGAGAGAAUCAAUAGAAUGAACGACUUGUUAUCGAGUUUGUUCUCAAAGGGAAAGCAGCAGCAGCAACAACAAGAAGGGCAGCACGUGAUUGAAAUAACACAAGGUGGCAUGGGCUUGGACAAGUUCUUCAAAGAAGUGGAAUCGGUGAAGGAAGAACUGAAGGAGCUAGAGCGUCUCCACCUAAGUCUCCGUGCCUCAAACCAAAACGGAAAAGCGCUUCACAGCCCCAAGGGUGUUAGGGAGCUUCGGUCUCGCAUGGACCUGGACGUCGCUCUUGCUCUCACCAAAGCCAAGCUUGUGAAGACUCGCUUGGAGGCUCUCCACCGCGCCAACCAAGCCACCCUCUCCUUGCCCGACUGCGGACCCGGUUCGUACUCCCACCGGACCCGAACCGCACUGGUCGGAGCCUUGACCAAGAAUCUGAAACAGUCCAUGGAGAGUUUUAAUAAGCUGAGGGACCAGAUAUCGUACGAGUACAGAGACACCGUGCAACGUAGAUACUACGCCGUCACUGGAGAGAACCCUGAUCCUGACACCAUUGAUCUCCUCAUCUCUACGGGUGAGAGUGAAAGUUUCUUACAGAAAGCCAUCCAACAGCAAGGGCGAGCCAGCAUCAUGGACACCAUCCAAGAGAUUCAGGAGAGGCACGGCACGGUAAAAGAGAUAGAGAGAAGUCUACACGAGCUGCACCAAGUGUUCUUGGACAUGGCAGUGUUGGUCCAACAUCAGGGUGAACACUUGGAUGACAUAGAGAGCCACAUGGCGCUUGCCAAUUCCUCCGUCAGCAAAGGUGUGCAUCAUUUGCAGGUUGUGAAGAAUCAUCAGAAGAACACCCGUAACUUGACCUGCUUUGCCAUACUCCUCUUCAUUAUCGUUUUGGUCAUAGUUCUCCCCAUUGUUUUCAGAAGUUGAUCAGAUUUUCAUGUCAAACUGUGUGAUCAUUGGUAGUGGUGGCAAGGUGAAGAGAAGUCAAAGCUCAUUU